AGUGGAGCCUGUGUAUGAAGGAUUAACAGGAUUGACGGCAGCGCAGCCGUACCACUGACAGGUCAUCCAAAAUGGGAAACACGGAUUCUAAACUGAAUUUCAGGAAAGCUGUCAUUCAACUCACAACCAAAACCCAGCCAGUGGAGGCCACGGAUGAUGCAUUCUGGGAUCAGUUCUGGGCAGACAGCACCACGACGGUACAGGAUGUGUUUGCCCUGGUUCCUGCUGCUGAGAUCCGGGCCGUGAGGGAGGAGUCUCCCUCCAAUCUGGCCACCCUGUGCUACAAGGCGGUAGAGAAGCUGGUCCAGGGGGCAGAGUCGGGGUGUCCAAGCGAGCGGGAGAAGACGGUGGUACUGAACUGCUGCCGCAUGCUGACGCGCAUCCUGCCCUACAUCUUUGAGGAUCAGGACUGGAGGGGCUUCUUCUGGUCCACAGUCCCUGGAGCGGGCCGAGCCGGGUUGGAGGAGGUGGAUGAUGAUGAUGACGAAGGUGCUCGACCCCUGGCAGAGUCGCUGCUGCUGGCCAUCGCUGACCUUCUGUUCUGUCCGGACUUCACUGUGCAGAGCCACAAGAGGAACGGGCCGGACUCUGUGGAGGACAUGCACUCUCUGGAUAGCUGCGAGUACAUCUGGGAGGCCGGAGUUGGCUUUGCCCAGUCCCCACCACUUAACUACAUCCAUGACUUAAACAGGACUGAGCUGCUGAGAUUGCUGCUGACGUGUUUCUCAGAGGCCAUGUACCUGCCUCCAUCUUCCGACAACAACAACAUCCUCAACCCCUGGGUCACCUUUUUCUGCUCCACAGAAAACAGACAUGCUUUGCCCCUCUUCACGUCUCUGCUCAACGUGGUGUGCGCGUACGACCCCGUGGGCUACGGCAUCCCCUACAACCACCUGCUGUUUGCGGACUACCGGGAGGCGCUGGUGGAGCAGGCGCUGCAGAUCCUCAUCACCACCCUGGAGCACGAGGGGGGCAGCAUCCCCCACCAGGCCCCCUCCCCCAGCAGCCUGGACGAGCAGGAGUCCGCAGGCCCAGAUAAUCUGUUUGUAAACUACCUGUCCAGAAUCCACCGUGAGGAGGACUAUGACUUUGUCCUGAAGGGUCUAGCCCGUCUGCUGUCCAACCCCCUAACUCAGACCUACCUGCCCAACUCCACCAAAAAGAUCCAGUUCCACCAGGAGAUGCUGGUGCUCUUCUGGAAACUCUGUGACUUCAACAAGAAAUUUCUGUACUUUGUCCUGAAGAGCAGUGAUGUUCUGGACAUCCUGGUGCCUAUCCUGUUCUACUUAAAUGAUGCUCGAGCAGACCAGUCGCGAGUGGGCCUGAUGCACAUCGGUGUGUUCAUCCUGCUGUUGCUGAGCGGGGAGAGGAACUUUGGCGUGCGGCUGAACAAGCCCUACUCUCUGUCCGUCACCAUGGACAUCCCUGUGUUCACAGGCACACAUGCAGACCUGCUCAUAAUUGUUUUUCACAAGAUCAUCACUAGUGGCCACCAACGGCUGCAGCCACUCUUUGACUGCCUGCUCACGAUUGUAGUGAAUGUCUCGCCCUAUCUGAAGAGCCUGUCCAUGGUGGCAGCCAAUAAGCUUCUCCACCUGCUGGAGGCCUUCUCCACCCAGUGGUACUUGUUCUCAGCCUCCCAGAACCACCACCUGGUCUUCUUCCUGCUCGAAGCCUUCAACAACAUCAUUCAGUACCAGUUUGAUGGGAACUGUAACCUAGUCUACGCCAUUAUCCGCAAGCGCAGCGUGUUCCACCAGCUGGCCAACCUGCCCACAGACACGGCCUCCAUCAACCGGGCCCUGCAGAGGAAGAAGAAGACGCCGGACACCAUCUCCCGGACCAGCUCGCAGGAGACCGUGUCCAUGGAGGGCUCCCGCCCGGCCGUCCCUGCAGAGCCGGGCACACUGAACGCCAGCCUGGUGGCCAUGCCAGGCAUUGAUAAACUCACAGAGAAGUCGCAGGUGUCAGAGGACGGCACCAUGGUGGCAUUGCCACGCAUGGACCCUCCUAAGACACGGGAGGUCGACCCCAGCGCCAGCGCAGGUGCCAGCGACACAGAGUCCAACUCAGGGCGAGACAACGAGGAUGUUUUUUACACGGAGGCCGAGAUGGAGAGGCGUCGGCUGUCCAGCGCCUCCUCCGUCUCUUACUGGAACCCUACGCCUGAAUGGGUUCUGUCCUGGAAGUCGAAGCUGCCCCUUCAGACCAUCAUGCGGCUGUUGCAGGUGCUGGUCCCUCAGGUGGAGAAGAUCUGCAUUGAUAAGGGCUUGACGGAUGAGUCGGAGAUCCUGAAGUUCUUGCAGCACGGCACUCUGGUGGGCCUGCUGCCGGUGCCGCACCCCAUCCUCAUCCGCAAGUACCAGGCCAACGCGGGCACGGCCAUGUGGUUCCGCACCUACAUGUGGGGCAUCGUGUACCUCCGGAACGUGGAUCCUCCGAUCUGGUAUGACACGGACGUGCGUCUCUUUGAGAUCCAGAGGAUGUAGAGCGGGAGAAG